AUGAUCCAGGAGCUUCUCGUCAUUGCAGUGGUUGUGAAUUCAGAUCCAGCUCAUGCUGGCUGCCUGUACUGUCUCUGUCAGCUGUACAAGACGGCAUUAGCCAGGUCCCGAGGACUUAGGUACGGCACUUAUCUGGACCAUACCCAUCGCUUUCACCUGGCCUGGGACGUGGAUUACCCCCGGGAAACUGUGAAUUUCCACCUAACAGUUCGUGUUGGCACAGACCAGUGGUUUGGGAUGGGAUUCUCGGAUUAUGGAGAGUCCACAAACGCUGAUGUUCUUGUCGUGUGGACGAAUUCAAGAGGAACACAUUUCUUCCAGGAUGCUUAUACAGACAGCACAGGACGUUUACACAUCGACAGGAAGCAGGACUAUCACCUGACCGACGCAUGGUCACGUGGUCACGAGACAGAGCUCGUGUUUAGCCGGAAGUUCGAGACUUGUGACGGGGGAUACGUCUUUGAUAAUGGAACCACCCAUAUCAUCUAUUUCGUCGGCCGUGGAAAUCCUAAAUCCGUUUCCGGUGUCAAUGUGACGUCACUGCAUCCGGGACUUCAACGCGUGCAGCUUCUGAAACCUGAUAUACCGACCCCUUUGUUGCCACGUGACACGUGGACAUUUGAUAUACUGGCGCCAAAGGUACGAGUACCAGGCAAAGAGACAACCUACUGGUGGUACAGGACAAAGUUACCUCCCCUUAGAAAGAAGCAUCACAUCAUUCAGUUUGAAGGAAUCAUCCAAAAAGGGAACGAAAACCUGGUUCAUCACAUGGAGGUGUUUCACUGUGAGGUUGGUGCCAAAACAAGGAUCCCGAAUUUUAACGGACCUGGACUUGGUGAAGGCAAACCUCCGCGGCUGGAGAGCUGUCGAAAAGUCAUCGGGGCUUGGGCAAUGGGUGCCAAGGCCUUACCAUACCCGGAUGAAGCGGGAUCGCCCAUUGGUGGAGAGAAUUACUCCCGGUAUGUUCUCCUGGAAGUGCACUACAAUAACCCUGGCUUGAAGACUGGCGUGAUUGACCAAUCAGGUAUUCGUUUUUACGUGACGUCAUCACUCCGGAAGUAUGACGCGGGUAUAAUGGAGCUAGGAUUAGAGUACACCAACAAAAUGGCGAUUCCACCUGAUCAGCCUCACUUCCAUCUCACUGGAUACUGCGUGUCGGACUGCACUCGAGUGGGACUACCUAGACAAGGGAUCAACAUAUUUGCUUCUCAGCUUCACACUCACUUGACCGGAAAGAAGGCAUACACCAAACAUGUCCGACAUGGCCAGGAAUUGCCGGAGCUGAACCGGGAUAAUCAUUACAGUCCGCAUUUCCAAGAAAUCCGAUUAUUACCAAAACCCGUUCGUGUACUUCCGGGAGACGCUCUCAUCACGAGUUGUGUUGACAACACCAUUGACAGACAGAAUGCUACAAUAGGUGGAUUUGCAAUUACGGACGAAAUGUGUGUAAAUUACGUGCAUUAUUACCCGGCUGUAGAACUCGAAGUCUGUAAAAGCUCCAUCACAACCAACGCUCUACACAGUUUCUUCCGAUUUCUUAACAAGUGGAGUGAGGAGAGGACGUCUCCAGGUCACGGUGACCGUGAGAACUAUCAAUCCAUCAAAUGGACCCCACUGAACGUGCACUUGUUAAACUCUCUCUACGCUUCCGCUCCUCUCUCCAUGCAGUGCAACAUGUCGUCUGGCAGGAGAUUUCCAGGGGAGUGGGAAGGUAUACCCCCGACAAAAAUCACCGAACCAUUUUGGGUCCCUGAAGAAAAGUGUUAGAUGCGAUGCGAUUACACUGAUGCCCUC